AUGUUUGCAACAAGCAAUGUAAAUUUCCUGUUGUCGAUUCUUCCGACCGUCUCUCUGCCUACUAAUACGAUAUUGUUUCUUCCAAUCGCGACUUAUGGGCGUAUGGCACAGUCUCCAGAGCCGUUGAAAAUGUUCGAUGACGAAGGCCAUUAUAUCUAUAUCGAUGAUUCGGCUUAUCUUGCGCUUGUUCUCGAUUCUUUGCCUCUUAGUAAGGGCUUCGAGGUUCCAAGCUAUGUAUUUUCUGAUAUUAUAUCUCAAGAUUAA